AUGGUCAAAGCAAGGUUUUUUGCAGCUUCAAUUAUAGUUUUAUUAAUUAUAAAGAGCGUUAUCGCUGCAGAAUAUGAAUAUCAUGAUUUCACAGAAGACUUAGGGUUAACAAUAAAUGAGUAUGAUUGUGCGGGAAAUUCCAUAGUUUAUGAACCGAUAACACUUGCAGAGCUAGAAGUUGCUGAAAAGGAAGUUGCUGAAAAGGAACUUGCGGAAAUAGAAUUUUCAAAAAGAUCAAUUGGAAAUUUCACAUAUGACUUAGGAGUCAGCGCAAUUAGUACCUUUACAAAUUUGUUUAGAAAAAGAUCAGACACUGGUGAUAAAUGGGUUCCAUCAAUUGAAUUUAAGGUUUAUAAAGUUGAGAAAGUGGAUAACGAUAAUUGGAAAAUUGAUUUUAGAUUAAAUACAGUUACAGAUGCUGCAAAAGUGGUACUGCUCUUAGGCUCACAGGAUCUAACAGUCGAAGCAAAACCAUGUGGAGCUACGCUUCUUGGAGAUACGAUACGUUUGUAUGGUAAAGAUGCAAAAACUGCUUAUAGUAAUGCAUUUGAUUUUAAUGCUACCAUUUUAGUUCAACCUUCAAUACAUGGAGAUUUUUACUGUUUACCUCAAGAUUUCGGUUUUGAAUAUAAAAUCUCAAGUUAUUCAGAGACAUGGCCACAAGUCUUUUUGAUUGAGUACAAAUACAGAGUUAGUUCUGUAGAUGGUGCAGAACCCACCGUAAUAAAUCCAAUAAAACAGGCUAUACCAAACCUUUACGCUCCAGUAUUUGAUAAAUGGGAAGAUUGGUCAGGUUAUUAUACAGAUAGUUUGGAGAUUAGUAAUUAUUGUUGGAAAGUUCCAUCAUGUGCAGAAAAAGAAGAAGAAUCAAUGAAUAUCACAACUGAAGUGGAGGCUAUAGAAUCAAGUAUUUUGGAAACCGAAUCAAUUACAAUCACUGAAACUUUAUCAAUUAAUUCGCCUGAAUUGGAGACAUUUUUCCUUUUAGAAUCAACUUAUACUUCAAAUCCAAAUGUUAACGAUGGUGCAAUUUAUGAAGAAACUCAAAUCGAUGAAGAGCCAAAUUCAACUACAGAGGGUUCAGUAUUUGGAUCUUCAAAUCAUGAGGAAGUACCAGCAAUGACCGAGGAAGCAAAGUUAACCCUUGAACUGCUUAUUUCUAACGAAGUGUAUUACGAGGAACUUUCAGAAGAUGUGAAUUUUACAUUAGAACCAAUUGUAUCACUAGAAACAAACUACGAUGCAAAAGAAACUUUCACUGAAGUAGUAUAUGCACCAAUAGAGACUUUAGCUUCAGAGCCAUUCCUGACUGGAUUUAUUGUUCAAAAAACGGAUUAUGCCAAUACUGAACAAACCUCAAUUACUUUUGAAUCAUUUGUUGGUGAAGAUGCAAAGUACUCGGAAAACGAAUUAACUGAAAAUUUAAUACCCAUCUCAAGCUCAUUUGAAACGGAAGAAGUAGUUUAUGAAAGUGAUUCAGUAUUUGAAGAAUCAUUUACAAUCUUUGAACCAUAUACAUUUGAAAACUUGGUUCAUGAAACAGAACAACAAGAUCUGGGAUCAAUUACAACUUUAUUUUCAUACUCGACUGAAGAAAAUAUUUACGAAGCAGAAUAUGGUCCCGCUGUGCCAAUUGCAUCUUCCGAGUCAUAUACAACUGAGGAAGAAUCUUAUGAAGAAGAAAAUUUUGCUCAAGAAUCAGUCUCAACUUCAAGUUCAUCUCUAAUUAAUGAAGAAAUUAUAGAGGCAGAACAAACUGAUACAGUGACGAUUGAAACUUUAGAAACUACUACAGAAGAAAGUACUAAAGAAGAAGGUUCCAUUAAUACCAAAGGGCCAUCCACUAGUGUAGCAAUUUUAAAUACUGAAGCAAUUUUAAAUACUGAAGCAAUUUUAAAUACUGAAGCAAUUUUAAAUAUUGAAGCAAUUUUUACAACUGAAGCAAUUUUUACAACUGAAGCAGAUUUUACAACUGAAGCAAUUUUUACAACUGAAGCAAUUUAUUACGACGAAGGGGACAACACCGAGGUGAACGUUGAAGAAUCAUCUUCAAAAAAACAAAAUUUAGCUACAAUUACUGAAGAAGUACAAGAUAUAGAAUCAACUACAAUUCAAGGAGACUCAGCUACAGAUUUUGAGGAAGUUCAAAAUGCUGAAGACUCAUCUUCAAACUCAUCUACAAGAACGGAAGUAGGAGAACAUGCUGAAGAGUCAUUUACUAAUAUUGAAGAAGAUCAAAAUGUUGGAGACUUCACUACAAAUGGAGAAGAAGAAGAACAAGACGUUGAACAUUUAUUUAUAGAUACAGAAGACGAGCAGAGUAUUGAAUCGGUAUCUACAGCCACAGAUAAAGAACAGAAGAUUGAAGAGUCAUCCACGAACACAGAACCGGUACAAAAUUCCGAAGAGAAAUCUACAAAUACAGACUCACUUACAAAUGCAGAAGAAAAAGAAAAUAUUGACGAGUCAUCUAACAAUUCAGGAGACGUACAAAAUGUCGCAGGCUCAUCAACAAGUGAAGAAGUUCAAAAUCUUGGAGAAUUAUUUACAAAUACUGAAGAAGAAGAAAAUGUUGACAAAUCAUCUACAUACUCAGAAGAAGAACAAAAUGUUAUAAAUUCAUCUAACCAAGAAGCUCAAGAAGAAUCAUCUUCGAUCUCAUCUGCCAAUACUAUGGAAGAACAAAAUGUCGAAGAUGUAUCUACAAACAUAGAACAAGCGCAAAAUACCGAAGACUCAACUACAAAUACUGAAGGAGCCCAAAAUGUUGAAGACCCAACCAUUAACACUGAAAAAGCUCAAGCUAUUGAGGAUUCAAGUACAAAUACAGAAGUGGAACAAAAUGUUGGAGAAUUAUCUACAAAUACGGGAAGUGAUGAGAGUGUUGUGAAUUCAUCUACCGAAGAAACUCAAAACAUGCAAGACUCAAGUACAAUCACUGAUGAACCUGAUGAUAUUGAAGACUUAUCGAUAAAAACAGAAAAAGCUCAAAAUGUUGAAGACUCAUCUACAAAUACUGAAGACGCUCAAAAUAAUCAGGGCUCAUCUUUAAACUCAUCUACAGAUACAGAAGAAGGAGAAAGUGUUGAAAAGUUACCUACGAAUACAGGAAAUGAUCAGAGUGUUGAAACUUCAAUCCCCGACGAAGCACAAAAUACUGAAGAUUCAAGUACUAUAAUCGAAGAACUUGAAAUUACUGAAGACUCAUCUAUAAAUACGGAACAAGGACAAAAUGUUGGAGACUCAUCUAAAAGUACAGAAGGAGAACUGUAUGUUGGUGAUUUAGCUACAGUUUUAGAGGCUACAGAUGAAGAAGGAACUCAAAAUAUCGAAGGCUCAUUUACGAACACGAAAGAAGGAGAGAUAUUCUAUCAAUCAUCAAUCAAUGAAGAAGCUCAAAAUACUGAAGACUUAUUUGCUAAAUCAGAAGAAGAACAUAAUGCUGGAGACUCAUCUGAGAACAUAGAUGCUGCAAAUGAAGAAGAAACUGAAAAUGUUGAGGGUUCAACUAAUGAUGCAGUAGAAGGAGAUAUUUUUGAUCAAUCAUCUACCAUUGAGGAAUCUAAAACUACAGAAGACUCAUCUAUAAGUGCGGAAGAAGGACAAAAUACUGAAGACUCAUUUACGAUUAUGGAAGAAGGAGAGAUUUUUGAUCAAUCAUCUAGCAAUGAAGAAGAUGUUGAAGACUCCCCUAAAAGUACAGAAGAUUCUCAGAAUGUUGGAGACUCACCUGAAGAAAAGGAGCAAAUUGCUGGAGAGUCAUCUACAAUUGAAGAAGCUGAAUCAAACGUUGAGAGCUCAUUCACAAAUGAAGAAAAAGAACCCAAUGUUGAAGACUUAGGCAGGGAGACAGAAGAAGUACAAACCAUUGAAGAAGUCUCUACAAUAAAAGAAAAACAAAGUACUAAAGAGCUUCUUGCAAAUCACGAGAUUGAACAAAAUACUGACGAAUCAUCAACUAAUACAGAAGAAGCUCAAAAUGUUGAAGACACAUCUACAAGCACAGAAGAAGUACAAAAUAUUGAAAAUUCAACAAAAAAUACUGAAAAAGAACAAAUUGUUGAAGAAUUAGACACUGAUUAUGACAAUUCGUAUAAUCUUGAAGAACCGUCAACAGAAGAAGGACAUUAUACCGAAAAUUCAUCUAUACCUAUAGACGUAGCGUCUACAAAUAUUAUAGAAGAAGAAGAGCAAAACGUUGGUAAAGAGCCUACGAAUGCAGAAGAAGAAACUCCGACCGCGACAUCAAGUUUGAAUACUCAAGAAGCGAUUUCUGGAGUAUCACAACCCAUUGAUGAAGCAAAUAACAUUUCCACAUCAUUAGCAGCAAACGAAGUAAAAUAUGAAAGGAACCAGCUCGCAACAGAGGAGGUCUUUAUUAACAUGACUUCAGUUUUAGCUUUAGCAACCUCAGAAGACAAAUUUGUUGAAAAGGAAUAUGUUAGUAGUGAUUUACCAUAUACUGUAUUAGAAUCAUUUGCCACUGACGAAUUUGAGUACGGCCAGUUUCAAGUUGCAGAUGAAUCGCUUCCAAAAUCAGAACAUUUUGCUACGGAAAAGACAGAUUUCGAAGAGCCAUCUACUCGCUUUAUUACAAUUGCAACUUCAACAGUCAAUGCUGCUACAAAACCAAUUACUGCUGAAACAAUAAGUAUAUCAAAUGAAGAAGUUGAAUCUCAAGUGCCUUCUAUCUCGCCACUGACAAUUGCUCAUGGCAAUUCAUCAAGUAUAGAUUUAACAGAAGCUACUUCGAAUUCCGUGUUGAAUCAAUUUAAAUCAGAGACUUCAAUUGCUCCUCAAUCAACAGCAUCUUUGUCAAAAAAUGCAAACUUGCAGAGUUUACAAAAUUUCGAUUUCCAGUCUCAACCAUCAAGCGAUAGCUCAUUCAGACCAAGUAGAAUUAUACUCACAAAAUCUACAUCCUCGUUAUCAUCAUCAGACUUUUCAUCAAUUAAAUCUACAUCGUCAACGUCUAUUAUACCUUCACCAUCUACAUCGUCUUCAGCUAGUUUACAAGGAAUAGAUUUUGAACACACCGACUCAAAUUCAUCGAGUAAUCCUGUUUUCACACAAUCAGGCGUUGAUGAAGUUUACAAAGGAGGCUCAAACAAGGUUUAUACUUCUACAUUUGGAAUCUUCUCAGCAAUGCUUUUACUAAUUUUAGUUCAAUUAUGA